AUGCGCGGUGCAAAAGGCGCCUCCAAACCACCAACCGAGCGCUUCCGAAUUCCACGCAAAAUUCGCGAAAUCGGGUCUCGACCAUCCUCCUCUCUCUCUCAUCCUCUCCCCGACCACCCUCGUCUCGCCGCCAUCGUCUCGAUCGCUCAGCUUCGGCAGCUCCCGAACGCAUCUCGCAAUCUCGCCCAGCUCGGCUCAGCUCUUUUCCCCCUCGAUCCAUCGAAAAGCUGCAUAUACAGCGCACCGCAUCUCGACACGGCAUUCCAUCCUCGAGCACCAGCUCCAGCACCAUUUCGACUCGGCUUCACUCCCGCACGCUCGCCCACCCGUAGUCUCACACGGCGCAUCCAUCAACACAGCAGCAUCGAAGCCACGCCCGCACCCACGUCCACAGCAUUCAACCCUGCUAGACAGACACACGUACAAGCAGCACACAUACUCAUCACAGUCUCCGCCGCCAAGAUGAUGGACGAUCUCACCGAGGCGAGCAGCGACUACGUGCCCAACUCGUGGGUCACCUGGUUCCUCGCCACCAAGGGCAACGAGUACUUUUGUGAGGUCGACGAGGACUACAUCCUCGACCGCUUCAACCUCACCGGCCUCAACGCCGAGGUGCAGCACUACCCGCAGGCGCUCGACCUCAUCACCGACUCGCUCGAGGACGACCUCUCGGACUCCAUCCGCGACUCGGUCGAGGCGCAGGCAAAGCUCCUCUACGGCCUCGUCCACGCCCGCUACAUCAUCACCACCCGCGGCCUCGGAAAGAUGCUCGAAAAGUACAAGCGCGCCGACUUUGGCCGCUGCCCACGCGUGCUCUGCUGGCAGCAGCCUCUGCUCCCCGUCGGCCUCAGCGACAAUCCCUUCCAGAAGGCCGUCAAGCUCUUCUGCCCGCGCUGCGAAGACAUCUACUCGCCCAAGAGCAGCAGACACGGCACCAUCGACGGCGCCUUCUUCGGAAGCACCUUCCCGCACAUGCUCUUCAUGGUCUACCCCACCGUCAUCCCCUCCAAAUCCCCCACCGCCCCCUCGCCCUUUCUCCUCAGCGCCUCCCAACAACAUCGCGCCGACGCACGCGCGCAGGCCGAACACGCCGACGUCGACGAUUCCAUCAUGUCGGUCCCCGGCGGCGCGGGCAACGGCUCGUCGCUGCCCGCUGGCGCCGUGCCGUCGUCAUCGGCCGUCGCAGCCGCUGCGGGCAGCGCGGCGGCGGGUGGCGCCAGCACCAACGCCACGCCUGCCAACUCGACCGCCGCGGCGGCCGCAAAGGUGGAGCGCUACCGUCCGCGCAUCUUUGGAUUCCCCGUGCACGAGACGAGCAAGCUGCAAAAGUGGCAGGACAAGGUGCGCGACCAACAGAUCGAGCGCCUCGAAAAGGUAGAGGCGGCAGGCGGUAUCGCGACUCCCGGCGCAGCCGCCUUUUUCCGCAAAGUAGCGCCCGUGGCGCCCGCAGCGGCAGCGGCAGCGACAGCGACAGAGGCGACAGAGGCAGCAGCGCCAGUGACGCCGGCACAAGCAGCAGGAUCGAAUGCAGGCGCAGGUGCAACUUCCACAUCCGCUCCACCACCAGCACCGGCUGGUGCCACGACGAGCGCAGCCGCACCAGCACCCGCACCAGCCGCCACCGCAACGGCGCCAAAGGCGCGAUCCUGA